CACGCCAAACGUGGGUGGGGUCUUGAUGCGCAACCAAGCGGCAAUGUGCACGCCACAGCAAAGCCUCCAACCGCCUGCAGGAGGGAGCAGGAAGCUCCAGCAUAUAGACUGUACCCACUCGCCUUGACGGUGAUAGAGUGCCAACCAUCUCCACCAGCACCAUCAUGGCGUGGCCGUGCAUCACGCGUGCUUGCUGCAUCAACCGUUUUUGGACCGAGCUGGACAAAGCGGACAUCGCAGUGCCUUUGGUUUUCACCAAAUACUCCGAUGUGGCCGACGUGCACCACCUCCCCCAGCGCAAGCAGCCGAGACGGGCUGCAGAGAACCAGCCGGAGGUCGCGAAGGCACCACCCUCCGGUGCAGUCGAGCCACUUGCCGCAUCAUGCAAGGACGUAUCCUCCACUGCGUCCGUCAUGCGCCAAGACUUCCAGGCGUGGAGGGUGCGACCGGAGCCCAGCUGCAAGCCCAGGAACGAGUACCAACCCUCGGCCGCGCCGUUCAUUCCGGAGACCCAGUACCAGAAGGACUACAAAGCCUGGCCCAUCCCGAAGAAGCGCGACCACCCGUGGAUCCCCAAAGCCGGUCUCGCCCCCACGACCGGAGCGGGGAAGGUGGAGCGAGUAGAGGCGGAGACCGGCGUGGAGAAGAGCGAGAUAGAGGAGAAGCUACAUGAGAAGGAGGUGAAGGGGCCGGCCAGGAGGGAAACAUCUACGGAAAGGAACGCCGUCGAGAAGAAGGCCGAGGAGGAAGUGCCGGUGUGCUCCGGCGGGCAGCAGAAGAAGAAAGGCAGGGCUGUCGCAGACGCUCUCAACCGACACAUCAAGGAGACCAUGUCGACUUCCAGCAGCUACAGAACUGAGUUCAAGGCCUACAAGGAUGUGAAGCCAGUCAAGGCCAUCAAGGCUCCAUCCCAGUACAAACCCCCAGGGGAGGAGACCAGUCUGGAAACCAGCUACAGCGCCACCUUCAGGGGUGAGCAGGUCAAGGCCCAGCCCACGGACAACAAGCUGAUGGAGCGCAGGAGGAUACGCAGUCUGUACAGUGAGCCUGGCAAAGAGCCCUCCAAGGCUGACAAACCAGCGUCUCGCACCAGGCCAAAAAAGACGACGACGACGACGCCAGCAACAUCGGCGAAGACGCUGAAAAAAGCAAAAGAGAAGCAGUUUAAGAAGAAAGAAGCGGCUGCCGUGGCCUCCUCGCCACCUGCGUCGGACGGAGGCGUGACGAAGAAGAGCAAAGAGAUCAGCAAUAGACUGGCCGAGGCCAAGCAGUAAAAAGGCGUGGAUUUAGCUGUCCGUGGUUUUCACUCUGUGUGUGGGAGCAAGGCUGCUUCAUUUGCACACGAUUACCUCUACGCUACACGUAAGAGCCGUUGCUACAGCAUGCGUGCUGUACCAGAGGGCCUUUUUACCGACACAAUCACAUCCCAUGAUUCUAUCAAGUCAUUUCAAACCUUUAUGCGUUGGAUGGAGAUGGUGGCUCCGUUUCCUAGAGUCACAGUGCCUCUGCUUAAGGUCCUGGUUCUUCUUUUUCCUCUUCAUUCGCCCGGGUGAUACCCAGUUUCAUUUUGUUGCUAAGAAACCAAAUCAAGUGACGAGAAUUCCCUGCAGCUUGCAUGCAAGCCUCCCCCUCUUUUAUUAGCUUGAGUAGCAGUACAGUAUUCUAGCUUGUAAAUGAAGCCUUUUAGGGUAUGCAUAUAUACCAAUUUCCAGGUGUUUGCAUCUGGAUGGAAUAGCACUUUUUUUGGUUUGUUUGAACCCACCUCAUUUUUCGUGUGAGCACUGUGAGUGACAGGUGUGUUUUGUUGGCUGGGUGUGUCCUAUUGCAUCGCUUCUUCCAUCAAAUAAACAGCACUGAAUGUC